UAAUGAAAAAAAAUCAAAAUUUCAUAAAAAAUUCGAAAAAAAUCUUCGAAAUGUUACGAAAUUAAGUCAUCAAAUUACUUCCACUCGAUUAAAUUUAUCGAUUUGUUUAUCUCAAGUGGUUGUUGAUAACAUGGAAGACGCUUCAGGAAGGCAUCUGUGUCAUGAAUGUGGCGAUACUUUCGCUACCAAGAGUUAUUUGAAAACUCACGUAAAAAUCGUUCACAAGAAAAUUCGUCAACACAAAUGUCCCGAUUGUGGCAAACAAUUUUCCGUAAAAUCCUCCCUGAAUCGUCACACGAUGCAAAUUCACUCGAAACUGAAGCCCUACGAGUGUCGUCACUGCAAUCUCGCCUUUUCCGACUACACGACGCGUCACAAACACGAAAAAGCUGUUCACGAUCAAGAACGUUCCUUCAAAUGUGCGUGCGGGAAGGCUUUUGCUUAUGCAAAUGUCCUAAAAGCCCAUAUGAGGACCCAUGAUAAGGAGAAAAAAUUCACGUGCGCCGUUUGCAACCAAAAAUUCUCGCAAAAACACAAUUUACAAACGCAUCUCAUCAAAAUCCAUCUCACGAAGGAACGAAAUGCCAAACGAAAGGAACUCAUGAAACCCUUGUAUGUCGAAACGAAUUUCCCGUCGCCAGCGGUGCCUCGAGUUUUGCCGCCAUCGCCGACGAGGGUCAUAAAUUUGACGGGUUUCAAUCUCGUGAAUCCAAAUCAAAUUCUGAGCCUCAUACAAAAUCCGGAAGCGUUGAGAAGACAACAAGCCACGAAAAGUCAACCGUUGAAAAUAAUUGCGGUUAAUAUUUAAAAAAAAAUUAUUUUUUAUUGAGAUACAGCAUGUAAGUUUGUGUCGGAUCUCCCGUGGGCAUCACUUGAACCGUUUGGAUUUCAUUCG